CGGCUGAGUCAGUCUUUGCACACGGAAAACCGUUACAUUGUCCACAGAGUUCCCGUGCGAGCGUCGUGGCCGUUCUGUUGGCGAGACUCUACAGGCAUUUGUUGCACUAAUUUAUCGUUAUUAUAAAAAUCACACAGCUCUAAAGAUGCGUCUAAUCGUCUUCCUUCCUCUGUUGGCAUUGGUGCACACGGCAGCUUCACAGCAGUCUGUGGCACUCGAUGUGGGCCCCAUCAACUACCGAGUCAAUGAGCUCGAACCCGAGGAGCCGGAGCAGGCGACUCCUAUCACGCUUCAGUGCGACUUCAGCAGCGUGGGGUGGACCAUUCAGGAAGGCAACCUGGAGGAGAUCACCUGGUGGAAGGAGGACUGGGACAUCGGGGAGCAUGGCUACGAGUGGGAGGACAGGGGACGGCACGAGGUCCUGAACUACAACGCCCAGAGGAACCUCAUCUCGUACGGAACCUUCAACAACUACGAAGGGCGCGUGAACAUACAAGUUACCGACAUGGGACAAAACAGGCUGACUAUCUCUCGGGCUAACAUCCGAGACAACGGGACAUGGGUGUGUGAGGUGGAACUGUUCAGUGGCGGCCGGCACCGGGCUGAGGCCACGAUAUACCUGGAGGUUCGCGCUAAACCGACGCGUCCAACCAUCCGGGCCUUCUAUCUGCCAGAGACCAGGGAAGUGAUGAUGAUGUGCAACUCCACGGACGGCAACCCCGGCCCCACGCUGAGCUGGUGGAACAACACGCUGGACAACCCGCGCGGUCGGGAGCAGCUCUUCGUGGACGCCCUCUUCCGGAACUACACCAGUAUUACAGGCUACGAGGACGCAGGUGCGACCAUAAGGUUCCGUAUAGACGAGGAGAGGAACCUGAACGACCGGUACAGCUGUGAAGCUAUGCAUCCGCUGCUGUUCGAGAGGCGACUGUACACGAACAUCACCCUGGCAAGGCCAGGAAUUCCCGAGAUCCGAGUCAGCCCGUACAUGGAGAACAACAUCCCGGUAGGGAAGGACGUGGUGCUGGAGUGUAGGGCCAGUGGGCAGCCGGAGCCCGUGUACGUCUGGAGGAGGAUCGGCCAGAUGCUGCCCAACGGCCAGGAGACCUUCGUCGGGGAACACCUGACCAUCUACGACGUGCAGACCAGCGAUGAGGGGAGGUACGAGUGCACCGCUCAGAACGCGUUUGAGGAACGCAGCUCUGCAACCAGCAUCAUUGUGAGAGCUCCAGAGGGUGAGACCAACGAGGUGGAACUGCAGGUGGAUGACAGAGUGGAUGCUUUACUCCGGGCUAAGAUCAUUGGAGGUGUGAUUGGAGCUGUACUAGCGCUGGUGGUGGUCAUUGUGCUCGUUGUCAUCGCUUUUCACCUGCUCAAGCGGCGAGGUACAACACCAAAUGUUUACAAAGAGCCUGCUCAGAGCCAACCCAUAACUGCUGAAGUCACAAACCUGGAGAUAGAAAUGGAGGCCCCUGAAACAACACCAAAGGAGAAGGAAGCUGCUGAGUACGCUGCCCUAAAAGACUCAGAGGCAUGAUCUCCUUUGGUGAAAGCUGAUAUGUUUGAGCCAUGUUGGUACAUCAAGAAACAAAGUUUUUGUAAAGUAGACAUAGAUUCUGCAUUUUGUGAAAGGCAAUGAUUUAAAGUUUUGAUUUCAAGUCCCUGGUGUUGAUAUAACGCAAGUUGGCUGUGAGUGGUCAUAUCAGAUUAGGCCCUAGUAAGAUGAUAUCUUGUAAUAAGACAGUAUACUGUACACUCAUACACAUGCACACAAUGCUUUCUUUCCUUCUCUCAAGCAUGCAUACUUGCACACAGAAUACAUGCCACAAUGUUUUGGAUCACUAAUAUUUCGAUGUAACACCGAAAUGCAAACUAUUAUUUUCAAUUCUUAGAGUAUCUAUAGACAUUAGUUAAUGAUGAAAGACAGGGAUUUUAAUGAUAAAUUAAUGAAAAGUGCUCUCUACUGCUUGUUGAAUAUCUGUCGAACAUAAUGAAAUUGCUUUAAUUGUUUUUGUUUGUCCAUACAUUGUAUGUACUUAAAUUUAGACAAUCAUGAUUCACAAUAUAUAUUGUUGUUUUACUUCUUCCCAACAUGUGUUGAGCAGCUUAUCUAAAGCACAGAUAGUAGUGAAGCAUUCUCUGGUUAGGAAAAUCAUGACUCAAUAUUGAAAUUUUAACUGUAUUUUGCUUCGGACUGUUCCAUGCAUGCAGCCUUGUGUGGUGUGCUUUCCUUUGAAUGAAAUGUAGCUGUUCUUUGAACACAG